AUGAGUCUGAGGCAAAAUGCUUUGAAUGCGUAUAGAAACGGUUUAAGAGCCACUCGUAUCGCCUUCGGUGGUGAUACUAGGAUGCUAUUGGCAUCAAGAGCUAAGAUGAGAGAAGGUAUGGAAAAUCCACCUAAUCCUGAACUGAGUAAGGAACAGCAGAUUAAACACUUGGAAGAUGUGGCUACAUUUUUAAAACGUAAUUUGGUUCAAGGUAGAAAGGAAGGUACUGAUGAGAAGUACCACUUAAACAUUCAUAAAGAAACUGAAUUAGGUGAUAACGAGUCAAUUAAACAGACCAAAAAGACUUUAGUUUCUCAAGGCGGUGGUUGCUGUGGCGGUGGUAAAGAUCUCUACAAAUGA